AUGAACGUGUCUGAACUGGGUGCCGCCGCUCGCAAUAGCUUGUCUCGCUCACCGGUCUCCAAUGGAGGUAGCGACGGAGGCGGAGGGGGCGGCGGUGGCGACUUCCGCAACCACAUGUCUUCGUCACAGCACGCUACCGCCUAUCAUAUCCUGAACGGCCGUAUGUCCCCCUCGUCGUCAACGCCCAUCGGCUUUGCGUCGGUCACCUACGCGACCCUGACGCCACUGCAGCCGUUGCCGCCCAUCUCCACCGUUACCCAGAACGACAAGUUCAACGUCGCCGGUGCUGCUGGCUUCGCAUUUGUCGGUCAGAAUUCGUUGAACGAGUUUGUGGCUGCAGCAGCUGUACCUGGAUCCCAGUCCGGCGGAGGCGGCGAUGGCGUCGGAGGAGGUUAUAGUUUGAACUUGAAGUACGAUUACGACGUGAAACCUCCGACUGCCGCUACCACUAUCCGCCUUUCGAACAUGUCCCGCUAUCACAUGCCGUCCACCGGCUCCCAGGGCCAACAAGACUUUAACUCAUACCACUACGGACCACUCUGUCAGGGUCUACACUUGCCUCCACAUUCCUCCAGUCCGGUGAUGGUCACCGUGCAGUCAGUGAAUGUAAAUAAUGGGGCACCCGGCGGUCGACAGUCCAUGACCACCAGUGGUGGCGGCGUCGUCGACCAGUUAUCCACCGGGGCUGCCGCCAGUCAACAGACGACCAGGGACCAGGGCGGCAAAGCCCCGGCUUCCAAAGCGGCGGCGUAUCACCAUUCGACGUCACACACCCACUCGCAACCGUCUUCCAAUGGCGAGCCCGAGUUCCAACGUAUGUCCGCCCUCAGGCUGGCAGGUAAUCACAUCCGCCUUCUUAUGCGUACACUUGAUCUCCUCAAAACUUUAAAACGCUCUAACGCGGUUCAUGUACGGUCGAUAUACAAGUUUCGGUCGCUUGGACGACGACUACCUGCAUAUCACCUUCCUUGCACAACUUUUAUCACAGUCCCUGUUUAUCGAUUUUGCACGAUAACUCGUGUACGUUCUGCUUCCGGUAACGAAAGCAAAGGAACACACGUUCAGAGUCGCAAAGCUAUUGCCCUACUGUCUCUCGACGGGGUUGGCGAUCUGUAG